GGCGGGGGGCCGGAGGGCGAGCCCUCUCUCGGGGACGACCCCUGCGUCCCCCCCGUGAUGCCCCUACCGCACCCCUCCCGGGACGCUCCCUCCUCAGUCCGGCCGCUCCCCGGACUUCAGGACGGGGGCGGAGUCGGCCCUGACAGGGCCGUGGGCAGCCGGGUGCUGGCGUGUGCUCGGGAGAGCGGCUCCCGCCCCGGCCGCCGAGGGUCGGCGACGAUAAACGUUACUGUUGGCGGGCGCGACGGGAGAGGCUGCGCCCACCGUCCCGGCCCUUCUUUCCACUGGUGGUGAAGCCGAGCCCUGCAGCCAGCCAGGCGUCCUCGGCGCCCCAGGCUCAGGGCGACCCCGGCCCCUUCCUUCCUGCGCAAGUGCUGCGCGGGCGCCCCGGCCUCCUCCGCACCCGGCCUCCGGGCGGCUCUCCGCGCGCAGGUCGAGUCGCAGCAGCUCGCUCCGGGUGUAGAGGCCGCCUUGUGGCCUUUGGAUGGAUAGUCGUGUUGGCGAGGAAAGAGGGGCGGCGGCGGUCCUGUGGGAAAGCUGAUUUAACUGAGUGCAACUUAGACCGUUCUGAUCCUUGCCUUACCGCAGUGCGUGGCCAGAGGCGGAGAACAGCCGGGGUUGCAGCCUCUGCCGCGCUGGUGGGGCCGGACCGUAGACCUCCAGAGCUCACGUGCUGUUGUUACUCUUUUCCUAAUUUCCACCGAAAACGUCUUGUUGGUCUGAUUUGGAACGUCUCCUUGAAUUGUUGUAUUUGAGCAUCGGGGGUCACCUCUCAGAGGCCAGGGAGCGAGGCCCCAGCCUCGCGCCCACACCCCGAUGCCCAGCACAGAGUGCAACCCAGCAAACACUUGCCGAUGAAACCCAGGGCCCUGAAGUACUAGGCGGUCAUUUAACGUGUCUGCGUUCCAGGUUUCUACGUAUGGAUCAGAAACUUUCAGAGUUGGUGGAAGAGCUCACAACUUCAGGAGAGCCCCAAGUGAAUCCCGAGAAAAUGAAGGAGCUGAAGAAAAUUUGCAAGUCUUCAGAGGAGCAGCUUGGCCGCACCUACCACCUGCUGAUGGCCCAGCUGAGCCAGGAGCACGCCGAGGAGUUCCUGGAGCUCACACUGGGCACCGACCACGAGCGGCCCCUGCCACCGCCCAGAGAGGUGGCACAGAAGCUGAGGCAGGCCGCCACCCGGGCCAUCCGCGGCUGGAACGAGAAGUAUGGUACAGCCUAUAAGAAGCUGGCCCUGGGCUUCCACUUCUUAACGCACAACAAACAGGUAGAUUUCCAAGAUGUGGGCGCUAGGACUCUGGCGGAGAGAAAGCGAGCAGAGGAGAAGCAGAAGCGGUUGGACAGAAUCUACAAGGAGAGGUCUGAGCAGGCCGCGCGGGAGAUGGAAGAAAUGUCCGGGGAGAUCCGGAGCUGCCUCAUGGAGCUGGAGAGCUGCUUCCGACUGCUGGUGCCCUUUGACCUCGACCCGACCCCGGGGGCUGCCUGGCCCGCCAUGGCCGAGGAGGGUGGCAGGGACGAGGAGCAGCCCUGCUGCAGCAAGACCCUGGCCGCCUGCACCCGCCGCCCGGGAGCCGCGGGUGCGGAGGGCCCGCCCGCGGAGGACAGGGACGAGGACAGCGACCCCGAAGGCUUUGUGCGCCACCACGGGCUGGGCUCCCGCGAGUACACGCUCGAGGUGGAGCUCUCCUCAGACAGCCUGAAGGUGCACGAGGAUGAGGACAACCUGGUCAUCAUCCACGUGGUCCGGGACACGCUCAGGCUCAUCCAGAACAAGUUCUUGCCAGCCGUGUGCUCCUGGGUCCAGCUGUUCACCCGCGCAGGGACACGUGGCAGGCACUUGGAGGGUGCUAUCGACCUGAAGGCCGAGCUGGAAACCGCCCUGAGGCGAUCUCGGGAGCUGGAUGUCAUGCCCGAGGAGGGCUGCAGGAGGGAGGCGACAGCCCCACGGGACGAGGAUGAGGACGACGAGGACUUCGUGGAGGUCCCGGAGAAGGAGGGCUAUGAGGCCUGCGUCCCUGAGCACCUGCAGCCUAAGUGUGGGCUGGAGAAAGACCCGGCCACGCCGGCCUCGCAGGCAAGGAAGAGGACGCGGAGCAGUGAGGAGGCCUGCGACCCCACCUCUGCGGCUGCCCAGCUGCACUGGCUCCAGCGCCACUUGCCCCCGGCCUCACCCCCGAGCCCCAGGGUGCCGCUGGGUCCAGAGGAGGCCAAGAAGCUGGCGGCAGAGCGGGCCCGGGCACCUGUCGUGCCCUUCGGGGUGGACUUGUGCUACUGGGGCCGAGAGGAGCCGAUGGCUGGGAAGAUCCUCAAGUCCGACUCGGAGCACCGCUUCUGGAAGCCCCGCGAGGUGGACGCGGAAGUAGAGAGUGCCGCUGUCUCUGAGUCUCUCCGGAGCCGCCAAAUCACCUUUGCGGGGCGAUUCGAGCCCGUGCAGCACCGGUGCCGUGCCCCCCGGCCCGACGGCCGGCUCUGCGAGCGCCAAGACCGCCUGAAGUGCCCUUUCCACGGGAAGAUCAUCCCGAGAGAUGACACGGGACGGCCCCUCCAUCCGGAGGACAGGGCCCGCGAGCAGAAGCAGAAGCAGCAGCUGCAGAGGCAGGGGGGGCGCCCAGCCUGGCAGGACCCUGAGCUCAUGAGGGACGUGGAGGCAGCCACUGGGGUGCAUCUUGGCUCAUCCAGGCCCGGUGGGAAGGGCAGGCGGCGGCGGUCCGGCCUCACCGACCUCAAGCGGCAGGCGGACACAGCGCGUGCACGCAUUGCCAAGAAGGUCUUCGCCAAGGCCGCUGUGCAGAGGGUGGUCACAGCCAUGAACCAGAUGGACCGGAAGAAGCAUGAGAAGUUUGCAAACCAGUUUAACUAUGCGCUGAAUUAGAGCGCCAGGCCGGGUCCACUCUGAUCGUCAGCUCCUCUUCUGCUGAUGAGCUAGGAUGGGAAGGCAGACCCGGGUCUGGGCUAUAACAACAGCCACAAUUAUAGUGUGUAUUUAACGUGAAGAAAUGGUGCACUUUCUGCUUCAAGCGCCACAGAGGUGUGGACUCUCCCCUGCUGCGGGGGACCACGGCCAUCGCUUAUGGGUCUGACUGCCUAGUAGCCCGGGAUGAACUCGGGUAACCGUGUCCACAGGUGGGUGUCUUGUACAGCCUGUGCCCUUCGUGGUGUGAUUCAGGGUCGCUCAACGUCCAAGACGAGCG